AACAAUGGGAAAAAAGUGAACAGAAGACAAAGAUUAUGGAGACAGUGAAAUUGGAAGGUGAAAAGGAAAUUUGAAAAAACUUGUAUUAAGUUAUAUGGAAAGCUGUUGUGAACAGUAAUAACGGUUAUGUUAUAAGUACUUGAAGAAUUAUCUCAGUGCAAUGAUGUGGCAUCAAUUAAUUAAUAUAAUUGUACACAGUUCCAAUUAUGAGAAUAAAACAUCUGAAGAGAAGCUGUGAAUGCUAAUCUCUCUCUGCAUUUUUACCCUUAGGUACUUCACCACUCAUUGUGGUACCGACCACUGGUCAUGGAAAAGAACUAGAAGAACCCAGGGGAAGGAAAGGUGAACAGGAUGCUCAGUUUGAAUUAUUUUUGAAGUUACUGUAACUGAAAUAUGUUGCUCAUUAUGUUCAGCUUCUACCAGUAAGCCAAGUAAAAAGUUGUAUUGUAUUGUAAGUUGUCGACUAUUUAAUGUUUGUUAUUAGGAAAAGUACCCGCUUUUAAGUGGAUUUAGUUGAUCUACCCUGAAAACUGUUAUCAAACCACCUUGAAAUGAAUAAAAAGAUGCGGGGGUUACUACUUUCAGUUGUUUUUGCUGACGGGUUGAAGUCUAGCAUGGGUUCCAGUUCCACCUGACAUGCUCCAAGAAAAAAAAAGAAAACAACAUAGCAAAUCACUGACUUGUUGUUUUGAUGCAUUGACAUUGAAGAAGUGGAAGAAUUCAUCCGUGCGUUAAUUGACCAAAAAAGCUGUAGGAGUGAAGUUAUGAAACUUCAGGAAAAGAAACGAGAAAUGAAAAAAAGAAACUGAAUUUGGUUUUAUUCAUCUUUUAAAAUAGAAAUUAAAGUUAUUAAUAAGAAAGAGUGCUUCUGUCAGCAAUUAUGAAAAAUGAUACUUGUCAAUGCAAAUUAUUUGAAAUGUGUUUCUGUCUCAUUCUCUUCUCUAGUUAAAGGUAGUGCUGAGUUUCCAUUCAAUAAAUUAAAGAAACGUUACAUACAUGUAGAGUGAUUACUUUUUCAGUUGUUCUCAACAGUUUUUUUUUGGUUUUAAAGCUUCUGUUUUUAAGUGAAGGUAAUCUACAGUGUACAUGUACCUACUUGUAUUUUUAAAUGCAAGUUGGUAUGCCUUUUCCGAACUGUUAAUAAAUAGAAAUGAUAAUAAAUCUCUGCAUACCUUUGUUUUUAGGCAUGUUGCCUCUUCCUGGAUCUUCCACCUUUGAUCUUGAAGAAGAACUAGAAGAGCUACAAAGGAAACUUCAAAUAAUGGAAGGUGAAUAAAAAUGUGCUGUUAAAUUACAUUUUGUGGUAAAACUAAACCAAGAAUGCUUUUAAAUACAUUUAGUUGUCAUUCAAAAUAUUUGUUUUUUUAAAGGAAAUUUCACCCAAUUUAGUUUUCCCUCACUCUGUGUUUUGCUAGAAGGGAAUAUUAAGAUGGUAGAGGCUGCGAUGGUGAAAUAGUAUAUAAUGAUAAACUAAGUUUUUUCGGUGUUGAUCUUAAAUUAUGCCUUAAAAAACUGACAAUGAUGUAGUUUAGAUAGAUUUUGUACAUCAUAUACAAUCAGUUAAUUGCAUGUUGGUUUGACCUGUUAUCGUGUCGCUAUUAAAAGUAACACCAUGAAUUUCACUUUGUACCCUACCCCUGAGGGUUGACUCCCAUUGCUAUGGACACCCUGCAGGGAGAUUAAAUGUCUGAAAUAGCGAAAAGUAUGUAUUAACGGGGUACGAGAGAUAAAAAAAUUGUUUUGUUCCUUAACAUAUGAUAUAAAGUUUCCAACGUGGCCUCACAAACGGGAAAGAGAUCUGGCCGCAAGCAGGAAAUUCUCAUGUUCACACCCUGUUGAAGAAUGGUUUCUUUUUUUUCCUUUUUCAUAAUGUCGCUUUAUAGUAUGUUAGUUAGGAUUUUGGAUGAAGCAUCAAGUGUCUGUUAUAGCAAGAGAAAAAAACAAGUGAAACUUCGUGUUGGGGGGGCUUGAAAGUGUCUACAUUUCGGUAAAAUGAAGAGUCCGUUUUAAAGGGAGUUUAUUUCAGUCAUUUCUUCAUGCUUUUCCCCAGGGGCUGGCUCUUGUUUGCAGUGGCGAGGUGUCUAUAAUAGUGAGGGGUACGCAAGGCUAGAGUAAACUGUAGACUAAUCCAAAUUUGACAUUGUUUCACUCUCUACUUUAGCUAAGGAUGGUAUAGAGUCGGGAUGUGGUAAAAAUACACAAUAGUUGUUUUCAACGAUGAUCGUGGAGUUAUAAUGAAGAACUUACACUGUUUUACUUUAAUAUGACAAUAAUUUGCUGUUUGCACAAGUAUAUCUGUUGUUAUCUUUUAUGUUUAAAGUCAGACACUGAAUUUUGAAAAGCUCUGUCUACCUUUACCCCCAGGUUCUCUCCCCACCACUUCUCUUAAGAAAAAGCUAAAGCAAGUAUGUGAGGAAAUUAGGAGGCUGAGAAUGAAAGGUGAAUAGAAAAAUUCAUAUCUUGUCAUUUUUGAGAGAAACUGGUACAAGAAUGCUAAUAACUGUCCAUAAAGUUUGCUUAGGUUUAAAAAAUAAGCUAAGAUAUUUAAUAGGUAAAAACCAAACAUUUUCGAAACCAGGUCAUCAUCAGGGUGAUGAUGACCUAGUGUCGAAAAAGUUUGCUUUCUAUAUUUUUUAAAUAUUUUAGCCAUGUAAAUUGCUCAAUGCCAUGAAAUGAAUUCAUAUUUUUUCCAGUAAACACUUUAAGAGAAAUUAUUCCCUACCUGAGAUAUUAACCAUUUUUUGUCUUUACUUUCAUCCAAGAAUGCUGUGAAAUGUUCUCAGCUGUUAUUCAGUAACUUUGUUUUGUUGAGGAAAAUAUUUUCAAUUCAGUUUUGUCUCUUAAUCCACAACUUCAGUUUAAGGUAGUAUUAAAUUAGCAGUGGCAUGUGAUAAUGAAAUAUUACUUACAGAUAGAUAUAAUGGAAAACUUACAUCAUUGUUCUUUCACUUGACCUCGAUACAUGUUAUCAUGCUUUAACUUUUUAUAUCAGGUGAGGCACUAAGUGUUAAAUAUAUUUCUGUGUAGCUUUGCUCUCAGGUAGUUUUUCUGGCCUUGAACUUUCAACCAUUGGUCUUGAGGAAGAACUAGCUGAACUAAGCAUGAAGCUUCAGAGGCUCAGAAUGGAAGGUGAAUAUAAAAUGUUUAUUGAUUCACUAUCAGAAAGAAAUAAAUCCAAGAAUGCCAUUAAAGGCUUUCACCCUUGUAUCGAAUUAUCACUUUUCAAGGGAAAUUAAUCCUUAUUUAAAAUAAUCUGUUAUCUGAUUUUAUUACUAUUGAUGAAUGCUUUCACUCCUUAUUCAAAUUAUAAAUUUUCAAGGGAAACUAUUCCUUAGUAAAGAUGAUCCCUCUUCCUUUAUAAUUAUUAAGUGAGAUAAUUAUCUAAUACUUUCAGUUCUUCACAUGAGCCUAGUACAAUGUGAAGUGUUUGUUAAAUGCCUGUUUUUAACCAUUUAUGCGAGGUAAGGCACUGAAUGCUAAAUACAGUGUAUCUCUCUGUUUACCUUUCCCUUCAGCUACUUUGCUUCACCCUGAACUCUUUACUGCUGAUCUUGAAGAUGAACUAGAAGGACUUAUAGAACUUCUUAUGCUUGAACCAAGAGAAGGAAUGAAAGGUGAGUGAAACAUGCGUAUGGGCUCCGUUGAACAGGGCAAAAGAAAUAUGGAAAGUGAUGCAAAGAAAUGGUUACACUAGUAUUUCAGGCUUGAUUUUUUAAGUAACAAGCUGAAAGGUGAAACACUUUCUUUGAGUUUGUUAUAAAGGGUUCCUAUUAUUUUCUCUCAAAUAUCUCAGCCCUGCAUGCAACUUGCAAAACAUCUGCGCUGCUCAUUACAUGUUGAAGCGUUGAAUAAUGUGCAUUUACUCCAUAUUUAAGAUAACCCCUCCUCUUAUGUAAUGUUAUCAACCAAGAAUGGUGUUUAAAAAUUCUUUAAACCAUUUUGCUGUUUACUUCUUCUCUCAGAUAUUUCACAUUUCCUUUUUCCUACCUUAGAUACCGUAUUUACACUACGCCAGGAACUUGAGAAAGUCAAGAUGAAAGGUGAAUAAAUAAUGUACAUUUGGAGAAAAAACAAUUUUAGUAGAAUGCUAUUAAACACUCCCGCUUCUUUAUCGAAGUAUCUUUUUCCACGGAACUCCUGCACGUGCAGUCUUUUUCUGCAGUAAUUAUUAACAACUGCAAUGCUCAUUAGAGGCUUAAGAUAUAAGUUACAUUAUUACAUUGGCACCCAGCACUUAGAUGGAGACUGGUAAAUCGAGUGGUAAAUCCUGGCAACCCAGCCAUCAGCCGUCAUGUAGUAAAGAGACAACCUCCCACUGCAUUAGAAAAAGAAAAUAAUAAGAGAAAGGAAACAAAAGCUCAGGGAAAAUUGAAUUUCUUCUUAGCGCGUGUUAAAAAAUAACUGGCUUCUUAGGAUAAGCUCAUCCUGGUCUUAGAAACUUUCCAAUUUUGGUACAUAUGCAAAAUUACAGGUACUGUUUCAUGUUAUGCGUAAUUUCGUGGUGCAUGCUUGCAGUGCACGGGAUUUGUACGCACAUCAAGUGCGCGGUACCGUCGUGAAUCUUGGAUUCAACUCUAGCAUUCUAUCAGAGUGGUUAGACAUUUUUAAUCGUAUCCAUUUACAACCUUGAUGUGUUAAGACCCCGCAAGCGUCAAAUUGUGCUCUAAUUCAGAACAAGGUGAACACAUGCAGUUUAUAAAAUGAGUUUGUGUGGCGAACGUUGAGGAGCCUUUGUGUAAGUCACCUCAGAGUUACGAUGACCACAUCGCGCUACCAGAGGUUAUUAACAUUCCCAUAUUGCUGCUUCAAUGGUGCAUGUAGUACUAAUGCAUGUGAGUGAACUGUAGUACAUGGAGGAGGGUCUCAAUGGGGCUAACCGUUAACCGUAAUAUAGCGAAAAUAUUUUGCCGUUAGUCGUAAAAAUUGACGAAUUUCAACCGUUAGUCUUAACAUAACAUAACUGUUUAUUCACAAUUCAAAUUUUAAUGAAAGGUAAAAAGAAAACAAAAGAGGUUACCCCUUUCAAGUUUGUCUCCUAAAAUAAUUAAAAAUUACAGUAAAAUAGUUCAAUAUUACCUAGAAAAUUAGUAAAAUGGCGUCUGACUCUGCUCUUGAAAAUGUUCAGAGUUUCUGCCUCUGCAACUAUUUUAGGUAAAUUAUUCCAUUCAUUGACUAUACUUGCACAGAAAGAGUACUUAAAACUGUUUAGCUUUGCGGGCAAUGGUUAAAGUUUAUGGCGAUGGUUGGUUCUUAAUGGUCGAAAAUCAUGCGCAAAUGUAAAAUACUGAAAUGGGUGUAGCCCGUUAAGACUGUUAGCCGUCUUAUAGCACUCGGUAAGCGAAGAAAAUAAUCUUCUCUGAUGUCGAGUUGGCCAUUUAAGGACCUUUAAGCGCUCUUCAUACGACAUAUCUCGGCCAAUGUUUCUGAUUGCAUAGCUAGGUGUUCUGCGUUGUACUUUCUCUAAAAUAGCCGUAAAAGCCAUCACCCCAUUGAGCCCCUCAUGAAGCUCGUGCGUUAAGAAACUUUUGUAUUAAUGUUCCAUGUCAGAAAUGAUUGACAAGACAUGUUGGCGGUAUCUUUGAAUGGCAAAUGUAAAUUUGAACCCAAGCUUGUCUGUGAUCUUUCACAGUUAAUGACAACAUUGACUCUUACGUUGUCUUUUAAGUAGUUCCUCAUUGUAAUAAAUUCUCUGAACUGAGAAUGUGACCUUAAGUACUAAAAUAGUUAACGUCUUUUUGUGUCCUUCAUGAUAGCAUUUGAGAACGCCAUGCAUCCGACCAUCAGAUCAGGACUGGCGAAGUUUGAUGUCAGUUUACCCGAGGAACUCCAGAACUAUGUCAGUUACUUAUUAGAUGAGUCAGCCAAACUUCACUUACGUAAGCAAGGUACUUAACAUUGUUAAAAUAAGAUUGUAUUGGCUUUGAAACAUAUGUCCAGUUAUUCAUAUUCGGUCGUAAGAUUAUUGAUAAAUACUAGGUUUGUGUAAUAGUCAAGGGAUUUUUUUUUUAAACCCAGAUUUGUGAUCUUGUGUUAGGUUUUUUUCAUUCUUAGUAGACCUGGUGUCUUUAUAUAGUCGUCAAAUGACCUGCGCGGUCUAAUGCCCGUUCUUAAUAAGAAAAAAAAAAGAUUUACAAAUAAACCCCUUUAUGAAGGCCGUGGGUGGUUGCGCUGGCAGGCAUUUAAAGCUGCAGGGCCAAGCGUGCAUCCCUGCGAGAAGAAGGUAGAAUGAGAAGAGUGGCGUUCAUGGAAUAAAAAUCUGAUUGACUGAGUAAGAUUAGGCCGGACCGACAUGACCCUUCUACUCAGUCCAUAUGUGCAUAGAAUUCUAAUGUUAAAGCUGGUCGCUUAUGUGGUGUAACCUAAGUACUUUAUGAUUCGUAUUACCAAGAAAAAGACGUCUCUUUCAAUUUAUCAACACGAAUAGUUCGUUGUUAUGCUUGUAAAGUGAAAACAAUUUUUUUCUCUUGUGUUCUUGAAAAUGUUCUGAAACUUUAAAACCAGAUUUGGAAAAAAACAAAAACAGCAACUUCUCUCGCAGGCAUUUUCGACUGUAGAGUUUCGGAUUACUAGUGGGGGAAAAGAUAAUAUUGGAAUAAAACUUUAUGACAAUGAUUUACAACUUCGCAAAGGAUUUGCUGACAUUUUAAGACUUCUUGGAAAGGAAAAAGACAUCUAUUGCUCAUACUGCCCGUCUCCUUGUUUUACCAACUGGUUUCCUUUGACUUAGGAUGAUUCAACAAUAAGUCGAAACACGGAGACUCGAAAUUAUUUUUGUGUCCGAUUUGCCGAGGCAUUUUCUGUGCUUUGUCAGUUUUUAGACUAAAACAAUGUAAAGGUAGUGUUUUUCGUUGUAAUGUUUUCAAGUAAAAGUUAAUAUUUCUUUUGUUUUAAUCCUUUAGUACUCCAACCACCUCGUGCCUUAGAGGAAUUACGAGAAGCAAUGAGCAAAUACGAAUUGGAAACAUUCCUUACUAUUCACAUCAUAGAAGGUGCAUGGCAGGUGGUGCUGCUGUUUGUGGAUGAGCUCCCCAGAGUUAAACUACCACGGGACUGGUAUAGUAUAAUUGAUAACGAGGACGAGGAGGUGUCUAAUGAAAUGAUAUAUUGUUCGAAGUCAGGCAUAUUGAAUGGGUGGCCAACACAUUACGACCCUGGUUUGGUAACACUGUGUAAAGCGAUCACCAACAAGGACUGGAAAGUAACCAGAUUCAUUCUCUCUCUGAGUCGGAUACCUGAUGAAUGUUUGAAGAACUUGAGCACAGCGCUUACUCAGAGUGAGCUUUACAGCUUGACACUGUAUGACAUUGGUUUACAAAGUCAAGGAUUAGAACACCUGUGUAACGCGCUAACCAGCGUUAACUGCAGAUUAACAAACUUAAACGUCAGGGGUAAUAAGUUGGGAGACGUAGGAAUAAUGCACUUGUGUAACGCGCUAACCAGCGUUGACUGUACAUUAACCAGCUUAAACGUCAGUAACAAUGAGUUGGGAGACAACGGAUUGAAACACUUGUGUGAUGCACUUACCAGUAGUAACUGUGCGUUAACCAAAUUAAAAGUCCGUUUUAAUAGAUUAGGAGAUAGAGGAAUAAAAGAAUUGUCUGAAGUUUUAACCAGCGGAUUCUGUACAUUAACAAGUUUAGACGUAAGCUUCAAUAGAUUUGGAGAUGAAGGAAUCAAGCACCUGUGUAAGGCCUUGACUGAUACGAAAUGCAAACUAAGGAGCUUAGACUGCAGCGCAAAUUGGAAUGUAACAGAUGAUGGUAAAAAGUAUUUGUCUCAAAUGUUAACUGGCACUGGAGCUCUACUACUUUCCCGUUCAACUACAAAGUGGACCAAGUAACAAGUCAGAGGCACAGAGCCCUGACAGGUUCCCUCUGUUACGUUUCGCUUGUCAUGAAAUAAAUUCCAUUUUUAUAAAUGACAACUUAGAGAUUAUUGUUGAAGCUGAAUAAUUAGAUAACUGACCUUCUAGUCACUAUCACUCGUUGAACGGAGUAUUAAAAGUGACCAGCAGUGAGGUAGUCGAAACAUCGCGAUCAAGAAUUGAGAAAUGACUCGGUAUCAUGACACAAACGAUUGUUAAACGUUCAUUAUUGAUAGACGAAUUUCUGUGUGUUAAAAAAAGACUAUAAAUGCAACUGCAAUCUCGUAUAACGGGUCUGUUGGCAAUAAUGUUAUAACUUUUGUAACAAAAAGUUUUGAGCCACAGACAAUUAAGCUGAUUUUAGCUGAUUUAGCUACAGGUGAAUUAGCUGUAACAAGAUGCCAAAUAAUACUGGAUUAUGUAGAUAGAAAUAAGAGAGAUGGUAAGUUUUGAGAGAAAGAAGGAAAUAGAGUGUCACGAGCGUGGGACAAACAAAAAAUUCUGAGUCCCCAUAGGGAAUCGAACCUCAGACCUUCGGAUUCAGCGCUCUGAUGCGGUGAGCGAGGUCUAUUACAAAGUUCACAUGACACGCGUCCUGCAUACUGCUAGGAUCAGUAAUGUCAAUAGCGUCAUGUUUGUAGAACUAGGAGAGAUGGUAAAUUUUGACGUAUAAAUAAAGUAACAACAUAUUUUCUAAAUUUUUACAGGCUUUCAAUUUUUAGUUGGUAGACUCCUAGAGUAAAAUGUUUAAGCUUAAUUGAAAUACACUUGAACGAAAAUAUAAAGAGCAGAGUUAUGUAUUACUCUAAAAUUACAUAGUAAUGUUAGGAAAUUGUUUUACGGGUUACGUAGACUUUAUAAUGUAUAGUUUCUUUUUUUAAUUUUCUGGAAUAGUUCAGAAUGUAAUGUAAUCUAAUUGUUAACGUGUAAGUUAUUGUUCCAAAAUUUCCAACUCUCAGUAGAAAUCGUAUUACAUAUAUAUUUUACAUUUUUUAAAGGACUACACUAAAAUGCGAAGUAUAUUAAUCAAGGACAUUGAACAUGUGCAAGGAAUGCAGUUGAAUUUAAUAAAU